AUGGCAGACGACGAGGAGUAUGAGGAGGUAAUAGAGUAUUACACUGAAGAGACUAUCAUUGAGGAGGGUGAACCAAUGGAGGUAAUCAUGGAGACCACCACCACCACCACUACCACCACUGGAACUACUGGCCCCAGAGGCACCUCAGGAACCAUUGAGCAAGCUGCACUGCCAGUCAGAAAGAGGAUGAAAAAGAUAAAAGUGGAUUCGUCCAAGUUUAUGACACCUUACCUGAAACACAGUCAUAAAAUGCAGGAUCUGUUCAGUCAGAACAAAUACAAACAGCAGUUUGAAAAAGGAAAAGGAAAACCAUAUGCUAGCACAGCUGAUACCCCAGAACUUCGGAGAAUUAAGAAAGUGCAAGAUCAGCUCAGUGAGGUUAAAUAUCGUAUGGCUGGCGAUGUUGCAAAGACUAUUUGCCAUGUUGAUGAAAAAGCAAAGGACAUAGAACAUGCAAAGAAGGUGUCGCAGCAAGUGAGCAAGGUUUUAUACAAACAGAACUGGGAGGAGAAUAAGGAUAAGUACCUUCUUCCCCCCGAUGCUCCAGAGCUUGUGCAGGCAAUAAAAAAUACGGCAAUGUUCAGUAAGAAACUGUACACAGAAGAUUGGGAGCAAGACAAAACAUUAUUCUACCCAUACAAUGACAGUCCAGAGUUGAGGAGAGUAGCAAAGGCCCAAAAGGUUCUUAGUGAUAUUGUUUACAAAAAGGGGCACGAUGAACGAAAAUCUAAAUACACUUCUCUGCCAGAUCCACCUGAUGUGGAGCUCGCCAAGAAAGUGACUAAGCAGCGCAGUGAUUUUAAGUACCAUGAAGACUAUGAAAAUAAGAUUAAAGGCAAGUGGAGUCAAACUCCUUGCUAUGAAGUUGCAGUUGCAAGGACGAAUGCUGAUAAUUUAAGUAUGAGAAAAUACCAGGAAGAGUAUGAGCUCAUGAAAGACCAAAUCUACUUUAUGCAAACUGACACUCCAGAGUACCAGGCUAAUAAGCGAGUUGGAAUUGCUGCCAGUAAAGUGAAAUAUAAAGAAGACUAUGAAAAGAGCAAAGCUACUGCAGAUUAUAAUGUACUUCCGGCUACAGAGAAUCCAUUGCUGAAACAGCUAAAAGUUUCAGGAAAGCAUCUGAGUGAUAAAUUAUACAAGGAAGCCUAUGAAAAGUCAAAAGCAACAAGCAUUAAUUAUUGUGACACUCCAAAGUUUCAAAUUGAUAAUGUUCUGAAAAACUUCAGUGAUGUUAAAUAUAAAGAUGCAUAUCAAAAGAAUAUUUUGGGACAUUAUGUAGGCAGCUAUGAGAACCCAUAUCAUACACACUACAUGAAUGUUGCAGCUAUGAAGAGUGAUAAAAAUUACAAAGCAGAUUACGAGGAGGACAAGACAAAAUGCUACUUCCCUCAAACCAUAACUCAAGAGUAUGAAGUUAUAAAGAAAUUAGACCAGUGCAAAGAUAAUACUUACAGAAAGCAUCCUGAUCAAAUCAAAUUUACACAAGUGACUGAUUCCCCAGUACAAGUUCAAGCACAGAUCAAUACCAAGCAGCUGAGUGAAUUGAAUUAUAAAGCUAAACACGAAAAUGAGAAAUUCAAAUGCCACAUGCCACCAGAUGCUCCAUUAUUCCUCCAGUCCAGAGUCAAUGCAUAUAAUCUGAGUGAUAACUGGUACAAGUAUGACUGGGAGAGAUCUAAAGCUAAAAAAUUUGAAAUUAAAGUUGAUGCAAUUCCACUUCUUGCAGCUAGAGCGAACAGUAAAAUUGCAAGCGAUGUGGCAUAUAAGAAAGACUAUGAACUAAGUAAAGGGAAAAUGAUUGGAGCCCUGAGCAUUCAUGAUGAUCCCAAGAUGUUACAUUCUGCAAAGGUGGCCAAACAGCAGAGUGAUCAUGAGUACAAGAAGGGCUAUGAAUUGUCAAAGAGCAGAUAUACAGCACCUCUGGACAUGAUUCCAAUCACUCAGGCUAAGAUAUCUCAGGCUAUCGCGAGCGGCAUAGACUACAAGCAUCUCCUACAUAAUUACUCUUAUCCUCCUGACAGUAUUAAUGUGGAACUUGCAAAGAAGGCCUAUUCUAUGCAGAGUGAUAAUGAAUAUAAAUCUGACUACAAUAGCUGGAUGAAAGGUUGUGGCUGGGUGCCAUUUGGGUCCAUGGAAGCAGAGAAGGCUAAGAGAGCUACAGACAUUCUCAAUGAGAAAAAAUAUCGCCAGCAUCCGGACACUAUUAAAUAUACCCAGAUUGAAGAUGAGCCUGUUACAGUACAGGCUAAAAUCAACCAGGCCCAGAGGAGUGAUAUAUUAUAUAAAGCCAAAGGUGAGGCUAUAAUUCACAAUUAUCACCUACCUCCAGACAUGCCCCAGUUUAUCCAGGCUAAAGUUAAUGCCUACAAUAUUAGUGAUAACUACUACAAAAUGGACAUGGAAGACUUAAAAUCAAAAGGAUAUGACCUAAGAAAUGAUGCUAUUUCUAUCCGAGUUGCCAAGGCUGCUAGACAGGCUGCCAGCGAUGUCCACUAUAAAAAAGACUAUGAACUUGCCAAGGGUAAACUUGUUGGCUUCCAAAGCCUCCAGGAUGACCCCAAACUGGUUCACUAUAUGAAUAUAGCCAAGAUGCAGUCCGAGCGGGAAUACAAGAAAGAUUAUGAGAAAACAAAAACCAAAUACAACAUCCCAUUAGAUAUGGUCAAUGUUGUGGCCGCCAGGCAGGCUCAGGACAUUGCCAGCAAUGUUAAUUACAAGCAGCUGAUCCACAAUUACACUUACUUACCUGAUGCGAUGAACUUGGAACUCUCCAAAAACAUGAUGCAGAUACAGAGUAAUCAUGCCUACAAAGAAGACUAUGAUAACUGGAUGAAAGGCAUUGGCUGGAUCCCCAUUGGUUCAUUGGAUGUAGAGAAAGCUAGAAAAGCAGGAGAAGCCCUGAAUGAGAAUAAAUAUCGUCAGCACCCAGACACCAUCAAAUUUACCAGUGUGGUGGACUCCCCGGUUAUGGUCCAAGCUAAACAGAAUACACUUCAACUCAAUGAUAGGUUAUACAAAUCUUCAGGAGAGGAAGUCAAACAUAAAUACACCAUGACACCAGAUGUCCCGCAGUUUAUCCAGGCUAGAUACAAUGCAGCCAACAUCAGUGAUGCAUAUUAUAAACACGAUUACCAUGAUUUGAUAGCCAAGGGGAACAAUGUGUUAGGUGAUGCUAUUCCAUUUACUCUAGCUAAGGCCUCAAGAAACAUUGCUAGUGACUAUAAAUACAAAGAAGCUUAUGAAAAGGCAAAAGGAAAACAUGUUGGUUUCAGAAGUGUGCGUGAUGAUCCCAAACUUGUUCAUUAUAUGAAUGUGGCAAAGUUGCAGUCUGAGCGCGAGUACAAGAAGGACUAUGAGAAGACCAAGACCAACUAUCAUACACCUGCUGAUAUGGUCAGUAUCCAGGCUGCUAAACAGUCUCAAGACAUAGCCUCCAAUACCCACUACAAACAUCUGAUCCACCAUUACACGUAUCUGCCGGAUGCCAUGAAUGUUGAACUUACGAAGAACAUGAUGCAAAUUCAAAGUAAUAACUUGUACAAACAAGAUUACAACAGCUGGUUCAAAGGUAUUGGAUGGAGCCCUCUGGGUUCUCUGGAUGUUGAAAAGGUUAAAAAAGCCGGAGAGGCAUUAAAUGAAAAGAAAUAUCGCCAGAACCCAGACACCUUCAGGUUCACAAGUCUACCAGACUCAAUGCCAAUGGUUUUGGCUCAGCACAAUACCAAGCAACUGAGUGAGAUAAAUUAUAAGCAGGAGGGUGAGAAACUGAAACACAAAUACACUCUGGACCCUGAUGUUCCUCAAUUUAUUCAAGCCAAGGUCAACGCAUUAAACAUGAGUGAUGCUUAUUACAAAGCAGACUGGAAAAAAACAAUUGCCAAAGGGUAUGAUCUGAAACCAGAUGCCAUCUCUGUAAUUGCUGCUAAGGCUUCCCAAAAGAUUGCCAGUGAUUACAAGUAUAAAGAAUCAUAUGAGAAAGAAAAAGGCAAACACGUUGGAUUCCGUAGCCUGCAGGAUGAUCCUAAACUGGUUCACUACAUGAAUGUGGCCAAAAUGCAGUCAGAACGCGAGUACAAGAAGGGUUAUGAGAGCAGCAAGACAAAGUAUCAUACACCCCUAGAUAUGUUCAGUGUGACAGCUGCUAAGAAAGCCCAGGAAGCGGUUACAAAUACCAACUACAAACAGCUACUACACAACUAUACGCUCUUGCCGGAUGCGAUGAAUGUGCAACUACCAAAACAUAUGAUGCAGAUUCAGAGUGAUAGUCUUUACAAAACAGACUUCAAUAACUGGCUAAGAGGAGUUGGUUGGAUGCCAAUUCAGUCUUUGGAUGUGGAGAAGGUCAAGAAGGCUACAGAGAUUCUCAGUGAACAGAAAUAUCGCCAGCACCCAGACAAGCUAAAAUAUUCCAUUACAACUGAUGCAAUGGAGCAGGUGCUAGCUAAACAGAAUGCGCAGACCAUGAAUAAGAGGCUCUACACUGAUAAAUGGAACAAAGAGAAGACAAGCAUUCAUGUUAUGCCGGACACUCCAGAAAUUCUGCAAUCGAGGGUGAACCAGCUCACCAUGAGUGAUAAAUUAUACAGGGCUGGCUGGGAGGAAGAGAAGAAGAAGGGUUAUGACAUGCAGUCAGAUGCUAUCCCAAUAAGGGCAGCCAAGGCCUCCAGAGACAUCGCAAGUGAUUACAAAUACAAACUAGCCUAUGAACAGGCAAGAGGAAAGCAUAUUGGGUUCCGUAGCCUUGAAGAUGAUCCCAAGCUGGUGCACUUCAUGAAGGUGGCUAAGAUGCAGUCUGAGCGUGAAUACAAAAAGGACUAUGAGAAGUCAAAGACGAGAUUCCACACCCCAGCUGAUAUGUUCAGUGUAGUGGCAGCCAAGAAAGCACAGGAAGUGGCUACCAAUACAAACUACAAGCAUCUGCUCCACCAUUACAAUGUUUUGCCUGAUGCUAUGAAUCUUGAAUUAGCCAAAAACAUGAUGCAGAUACGGAGCGACAAUCAAUACAAAGCUGACUAUGAUGAAUUCAUGAAGGGUGUGGGAUGGAUGCCAGUAGGCUCUCUGGAAGCUGAGAAGAAUAAGAAAGCUAUGGAAAUUAUAAGUGAGAAGAAAUAUCGCCAGCACCCAGACAAACUGAAGUAUUCCAGUCUGAUGGACUCUAUGAACAUGGUUCUAGCUACAAAUAAUGCUAAAAUUAUGGACAAACACCUGUACACACAAGCAUGGGAAGCAGACAAGACAAAAGUUCACAUCAUGCCAGAUAUUCCAGAGAUUGCUUUGGCAAAAGCAAAUGCAUAUAACAUAAGUGACAAAAUGUACAAGCAUUCCUUGGAAGAGUCUAAAAGGAAAGGGUAUGACCUCAGAGCUGAUGCUAUCUCCAUUAAAGCUGCCAAAGCUUCCAGAGACAUUGCUAGUGAUUACAAAUACAAAUUAGGUUAUGAAAUGGAUAAGGGGAAACUUGUAGGCUUCCGCAGCCUCCAGGAUGAUCCCAAACUAGUCCAUUUUAUGCAAGUGGCUAAGAUGCAGUCUGGUCGUGAGUACAGGAAAGCCUAUGAGACCAGCAAGACCAGUUACCAUACACCUGCUGAUACAUUAAGUAUCAGGGCAGCGAAGGAGGCACAAGGUAAUAUAACCAACACUAACUACAAACACCUGCUGCACAAAUAUAUCCUCCUACCAGAUGCAGUUAAUGUGGAACUGACCAGAAACAUGAAUCGGAUUCAGAGUAAUAAUAAGUACAAAGAGGACUACAAUGAAUGGUACAAAGGACUUGGUUGGAGCCCUGCUGGUUCUCUGGACGUGGAGAAAUCUAAGAAAGCCACGGAAAUUGCAAGUGACAGGAAUUACCGCCAGCACCCAAGCCUUUUCCCCUUCACAAAACAGAGUGACUCCAUGGACAUGGUACUAGCAAAACACAAUGCAGAUGUGAUGAAUCAGCAUAUGUACACUCAAGCUUGGGAGAAGGAUAAACUUCAGCUUCAUGUGAUGCCAGAUACACCUGAUAUUCUACAGGCCAGACAGAACAUGGCAAAUUACAGUCAGAAACUGUACAAACAUGGUUGGGAAGAAAUGUUAAAGAAAGGCUACGACCUCACACCUGAAGCCAUUUCAGUGAAAGCAGCCAAAGCUUCGAGGGACAUUGCAAGUGAUUACAAGUAUAAAGAAGGUUACCGCAAGCAGCUGGGACAUCACAUUGGAUUCCGCAACCUACAGGAUGAUCCCAAACUUGUGUUGUCUAUGAAUGUAGCCAAGAUGCAGAGUGAGAGGGAGUACAAGAAAGAUUUUGAGAAGUGGAAGACCAAGUUUAACAUGCCUGUGGAUAUGUUGGGCAUCCUACUGGCUAAGAAAUGCCAGUCAUUGGUUAGUGAUGUAGACUACAGACGGAUCCUACACCAGUGGACAAGUUUGCCAGACCAGACUAGCAUCAUCCAAGCUAAGAAAGUAUAUGAACUACAGAGUGAUAAUUUAUAUAAGUCAGAUCUUCAGUGGCUUAAAGGCCUGGGAUGGAUCCCCUCUGGCUCUUUGGAGGCAGAAAAGAACAAGAAAGCUUCAGAAAUCCUGAGUGAGAAGAAAUACCGCCAGCCACCAGACACUGUUAAAUUCACAAGUAUCGCUGAUGCCAUGGACAUAGUUUUGGCAAAGUCUAAUGCCAAAAAUAGGAGUGAUAGACUUUACAGAGAAGCAUGGGACAAGGACAAGACUCACGUUCACAUCAUGCCUGACACUCCUGAAAUCCUUUUGGCUAAAGCAAACUUAAUCAAUACAAGUGAUAAACUCUACAAGUUAGGAUAUGAAGAACUGAAGAAGAAAGGCUAUGAACUUCCUCGUGAUGCCAUAUCACUCAAGUCAGCAAAGGCAUCCAGAGACAUUGCAAGUGAAUACAAAUACAAAGAAGGGUAUCGCAAACAGCUUGGCCACCAUGUGGGAGCCCGCAACAUACAAGAUGAUCCCAAGAUGGUGUGGUCUAUGCAUGUAGCCAAGAUCCAGAGUGACAGGGAGUAUAAGAAAGAUUUUGAGAAAUGGAAGACCAAGUAUAAUAGCCCAGUGGACAUGCUGGGAGUUGUGUUGGCCAAGAAAUGUCAGGAACUAGUCAGUGAAAUUGAUUAUAGGCAUCCUCUGCACAAAUGGACAUGUCUGCCAGACCAGAACAAUGUUGUACAUGCCAGGAAAACUUAUGAUCUUCAGAGUGAUAUUUUAUAUAAAUCAGAUCUUCAGUGGAUGAAAGGCAUUGGCUGGUCCCCAAUUGGCUCUCUGGAUGACGAGAAGAAUAAGAGAGCAACCCACAUCCUGAGUGACCAUACCUAUCGGCAACACCCAGACACGAUCAAAUUUAAUAGCCUGCUUGAUUCUCUACCAAUGGUUCUGGCAAAGCACAAUUCUGAAAUUAUGAACCAGCGCUCAUAUACGGAAGCUUGGAAUAAAGAUAAAACUAGUAUCCACAUGAUGCCAGAUACUCCUGAUAUUUUACUGGCGCAGCAGAACAAAUUGAAUUACAGUGAGAGUCUAUAUAAAUUAGCCAUGGAAGAGGCAAAGAAGAGAGGCUAUGACUUGCGAAUUGAUGCUAUUCCCAUCAAGACUGCCAAAGCAUCCAGAGAUAUUGCCAGUGAUUACAAAUACAAGGAAGGGUAUCGCAAACAGCUUGGCCACCACAUAGGAGCCCGCAACAUACAGGAUGAUCCCAAGAUGGUAUGGUCUAUGCAUGUUGCCAAAAUCCAGAGUGACAGGGAGUAUAAGAAGGAUUUUGAGAAAUGGAAGACCAAGUAUAAUAGUCCAGUGGAUAUGCUGGGGAUUGUGCUGGCAAAGAAAUGUCAGGAACUGGUCAGUGACAUUGAUUAUAGACAUCCUCUUCACCAGUGGACGUGUCUGCCAGAUCAGAACGAUGUCAUCCAUGCUAGAAAGGCCUAUGAUCUACAGAGUGAUAAUUACUACAAGUCAGAUCUCCAGUGGCUGAGAGGCAUUGGUUGGGUUCCAAUUGGUUCCCUGGAUGUUGAAAAAGCCAAGAAAGCUGGAGAGAUCUUGAGUGAUAAAAUAUACCGUCAGCCUCCUGACACAUUCAAAUUUACUAGUGUGACAGAUUCUCUAGAAAUGGUCUUGGCCAAGAAUAAUGCAGAGACAAUGAAUAAGCGCUUAUACACCGAAGCAUGGGACAAAGACAAAACUACAAUUCAUGUCAUGCCUGACACUCCAGAAAUCAUGCUAGCAAAACUCAACCAAAUAAACUGCAGUGAGAAAUUGUACAAAUUAGCCUUGGAGGAAUUGAAAAAGAGAGGUUGUGACUUGCGUGUUGAUGCCAUUCCAAUCCAGGCUGCCAAGGCAUCCAGAAAUAUUGCCAGUGAAUACAAAUACAAAGAAGGGUAUCGCAAGCAGCUUGGCCACCAUGUGGGAGCCCGCAACAUCCAGGAUGAUCCUAAGAUGAUGUGGUCUAUGCAUGUAGCCAAGAUCCAGAGUGACAGGGAGUACAAGAAAGAUUUUGAGAAAUCGAAGACCAAAUACACUAGCCCAGUGGACAUGCUGGGAAUCGUGCAGGCCAAGACAUGUCAGACACUGGUCAGUGAUGUUGAUUACCGCCAUUACCUGCAUCAGUGGACAUGUCUGCCAGACCAGAAUGAUGUGAUCCAAGCUAAGAAGGCCUAUGAGCUACAGAGUGAUGCUGUUUACAAAUCAGACCUGGAAUGGCUGAAGGGUACAGGCUGGGUCCCCAUUGGUUCCAUGGAUGUUGAGAAGGUUAAGAGAGCUGGAGAAAUCCUGAGUGAAAAGCAGUACCGCCAGCCCCCAGACCAAAUCAAAUUUACCAGUGUGACCGAUUCCCUGGAGUUGGUUUUGGCAAAGCAAAAUGCUGAGACAAUGAACAAGCGUUUAUACACAGAAGCCUGGAAUGCUGACAAAACCACAAUUCAUGUCAUGCCAGACACUCCGGAGAUUUUGUUGGCAAAAGCCAAUUCAGCUAACGUUAGCCAGAAACUUUACACACAAGGUUGGGAAGAAUCCAAGAUGACCGAUUAUGAUAUAAGAGCUGAUUCAAUUCCAAUUCGAAGUGCAAAGGCAUCAAGAGAUAUUGCUAGUGAAUAUAAAUAUAAAGAAGCAUAUGAGAAACAGAGAGGUCACCAUAUUGGAGCCCGCACCAUACGGGAUGAUCCAAAGAUGAUGUGGUCUAUGCAUGCAGCAAAGAUCCAGAGUGACAGAGAGUACAAGAAAUAUUUUGAGAAAUCAAAGACCAAAUACACUAGCCCAGUGGACAUGCUGGAAAUUGUGCAGGCCAAGAAAUGUCAGGAACUGGUCAGUGAUGUUGAAUACCGCCAUCACCUGCACCAGUGGACAUGUCUGCCAGACCAGAAUGAUGUGAUCCAAGCUAAGAAGGCCUAUGAGUUGCAGAGUGAUAAUGUGUACAAGUCAGACCUGGAAUGGCUGCGUGGCAUUGGCUGGAUGCCAGAUGGCUCAGUAGAUGUGGAUAGAGUGAAGAAAGCCCAAGAGCUCCUGAAUAACAGAUUGUAUCGAACGCGACCGGAUGAAUUGAAAUUCACCAGUAUUGUUGACACACCAGAGAUUGUGCUGGCGAAGACUAAUGCUCUGAAUCAGAGUGGCGCUUUAUAUCGGGAGGUUUGGGAUAAAGAGAAGACCCAGUUUACCCUUCCUUCUGAUACCCCUGAGAUGUUGCAGUCCAGAAUCAAUGCUCUGAACACCAGUAAGAAACUGUAUCAACUAAGCUGGGAAGAAGCCAAGGAAAAAGGUUAUGACUUAAGAGCUGAUGCCAUUGAAAUAACACACGCCAAGGCUUCUAGAGACAUUGCUAGUGAGUACAAAUACAAAACAGGUUACCGCCAGCAAUUAGGCCACUACGUGGGAUUCCAAAGCCUUCAGGACGAUCCCAAGUUGGUGUGGUCCAUUCAUGCGGCCAAGAUCCAGAGUGACCGAGAGUACAAGAAAUAUUUUGAGAAAUCGAAGACCAAAUACAGUAGCCCAGUGGAUAUGCUGGCAAUUGUGCAGGCCAAGAAGUGUCAAACACUGGUCAGUGAUGUUGAUUACCGCAAUUACCUGCAUCAGUGGACAUGUCUGCCAGACCAGAAUGAUGUGAUCCAAGCUAAGAAGGCCUAUGAGUUGCAGAGUGAUAAUGUGUACAAGUCAGACCUGGAAUGGCUGCGUGGCACUGGCUGGUUGACCCAAGACUCUGUGGAUGUGACUAGAGUGAAGAAAGCCCAGGAACUUGUGAAUGACAGAUUAUACCGGCAGCGGCCAGAUGAAUUGAAAUUUACCAGCGUAGUUGACCCCCCACCAGUUGUCUUGGCUAAGAUCAAUGCUCUGCAGAUCAGUGAGCCUCUCUAUCGUAAAAUCUGGGAUAAAGAGAAGACGCAGUUCACCCUUCCUGCUGACACACCUGUCAUGCUGCAGUCCAAAAUCAAUGCUCUGAACGUCAGCAACAAACAUUAUCAGCAAGCCUGGGAAGAUGCCAAGAUGAAAGACUAUGACUUAAGAGCCGAUGCCAUUUCUAUCAAACAUGCCAGGGCUUCCAGAGACAUUGCUAGUGAGUACAAAUACAAGGAAACCCAUGAGAAACAGAAAGGCCAUUAUAUAGGAUGCCGAACUGCAAAGGAAGAUCCCAAAUUGGCAUGGGCUGCACAUGUAAUGAAGAUGCAGAAUGACAGAGAGUACAGGAAGGCUUAUCACAAUUCAAAGGCUAAGAUCAACAUACCAGUUGAUAUGGUGUCUGUCUAUGCAGCCAAGGAAGGCCAAUUAUUAGCGAGUGAUGUUGACUACCGUCAAUAUUUGCACCAGUGGACAUGUCUGCCAGACCAGAAUGAUGUGAUCCAGGCAAGGAAGGCCUAUGAUCUACAAAGUGAUGCCUUAUAUAAAUCUGACCUGGAAUGGCUGCGUGGCAUUGGAUGGAUGCCAAGUGGCUCUGUGGAAGUGAAGAGAGUGAAGAAUGCCCAGGACAUCCUGAGUGAAAAGAUGUACCGCACGCCUGUAGAAAGUUUGAAAUACACCAAUAUUGUUGACACUCCAGAUGUUCUCCUUGCUAAGACUAAUGCUGUGCAAAUCAGCCUCCCCAAAUACAGAGAAACUUGGGACAAGGCCAAGACUACGAUCCAUGUGAUGCCAGACACACCUGAAAUCAACCUAGCCAAGGCGAAUGCUAUUCAUGUUAGCAAUAAACUUUAUAAAGAAGCUUGGGAUGAAGUGAAGAUGAGCUGUGAUUUUAGGGCAGAUGCCAUCCCAAUUAAAUCAGCCAAAGCCUCAAGAGAAAUUGCCAGUGAUUAUAAAUACAAAUUAGAUCAUGAGAUGCAGAGAGGACACUAUAUUGGGACUCCGAGUGCAAAAGAAGAUAACAAAAUACGAUGGGCCCUGCAUGCAGCCAAGCUUCAUAGUGACCUAGAAUACAGGAAACACUUUCAGAAGUGGAAGACAAAGUGCAGUAUACCAGUGGACAUGCUUCCCAUUGUGGCCGCCAAAAAAUGUCAGACUUUGGUCAGUGAUAUUGAUUACCGUAAUUACUUGCAUCGGUGGACAUGUUUGCCAGAUCAGAAUGAUGUCAUACAGGCUAAGAAAGCCUAUCAACUGCAGAGUGAUGCUGUUUACAAAUCUGAUUUGGAAUGGCUACGUGGAAUUGGGUGGAUGCCAAAUGACUCCGUUGGAAUCAACCAUGUCAAGCAUGUCCAAGAUCUUCUGGAUGAGAGAAAGUACCGCACAAAAGCUGAAACUCUCAAGUUUACUCCAGUGGCUGACAGAGUUGAUUAUAUCACGGCAAAACAUAGUGGUGAAAUUCAGAGUGAUAUUAAAUACCACCAAGACUGGAAUGCCAUCAAGUCAAAUUAUACUCUAACAGACACACCACGGCAAGAAAUGGCCCGAGAGGCAGCCAGAAUUCUUAACCAGAACCUGUACAAGGAAAGCUGGGAAAAAAUGAAAUCUACUGGUUAUCUUUUACCUCCUGAUGCUGUGCAGCUUCGUCAUGCCAAGCACUCUGGUGAUGUCCAAAGUGAGCUGCAAUAUAAAGCUGAGUAUGUUAAUCACAGAGGUCACUAUGUCGGUGUUCCCAGUAUGAGAGAUGAUCCCAAGCUGGUGUGGUUUGAGCAUGCAGGCAAGAUCCAGAAUGACAGAUUGUACAAAUCAGCUUAUCACAAAUCAAAGUCCAAUAUUAACAUUCCUGCGGAUAUGAUAUCAGUCUUGGCGGCCAAGGAAUGCCAGACAUUGGUCAGCGAUAUUGAUUAUCGGCAAUACCUGCACGAAUGGACGUGUCACCCUGACCAGAAUGAUUGCAUCCAGGCAAGGAAGGCCUAUGAUCUGCAGAGUGAUAAUAUCUAUAAAUCUGAUCUGGAAUGGAUCCGGGGUUGUGGGUGGAUUCCUUUGGAUUCAGUGGAACAUAGGAAAGUUAAGAAAGCCCAAGAGUUAAUAAAUAAGGUAACCUAUACGAAAGAAGCCCUUGAUAACUAUUCCCAUUUCACAAGUGUGGUUGAUACUCCGGACGUUGUUUUGGCGAAGAUCAACUCUGUCAAUCAGAGUGAUCUGAAAUACAAAGAAACAUUUAACCUUGAUAGAGGCCACUUCAUUGGUUCUGAUGACACUCCAGCAUUGAACCACACCAGAGAGAUGUCUAAGCUCUAUAGUGAUAAACGAUAUAAGCAUUCAUGGGAAACUGGUAAGGCCAUAGGCUAUACUUUACCUCCAGAGUACAUCCCUAUCGUUGGAGCUAAGCAUGCUGAUUAUAUUAACAGCGAGCUUAAAUACAAAGAGUUCUAUGAGAAGCAGAAGGGCCAUUACCUGGCUGGGAAGCAUAUCUCCGAAUUCCCCAGUGUCGUUCAUUCUCUAGCUUUCCAAAAACUAAGGAGUGCGCUGGCCUACAGAAAGAAUUAUGAAGACACCAAGGCAAACAUCCAUAUUCCAAGUGACAUGUUGAAUCACCUGUUGGCUAAAAAGUGUCAAUAUAUCCUCAGUGAUCUUGAGUACCGAACCUACCUCCACCAGUGGAAUUGUUCACCUGAAGAAAAUGAUGUUGUUCAGGCCAAGAAAGCCCAGGAGAUUUUGAGUGAUGUUGUGUAUAAAGAUGACUUAAAUUGGCUGAAAGGACUUGGAUGCUAUGUCUGGGACACCCCACAAAUCCUGCAUGCUAAGAAAUCAUAUGAUCUCCAAAGCCAACUGCAAUACACAGCUGCAGGAAAAGAGAAUUUGCAGAACUACAGUGCCGUUACCGAUACACCGCUUUAUGUGACUGCGGUCCAGAGCGGCAUCCAUGCUAGUGAGGUGAAAUAUAAAGAAAAUUAUCACAAAAUUAAGGACAAAUAUACAACUGUGGUGGAAACAGUGGAUCACGAAAGAACCCAAAAUCUGAAACAUCUUUUUAGCAAUAACCUGUACAAGGAAGCCUGGGAUAAAGUGAAAGCCACUGGUUACAAAAUGUCCUCUGAUUCCGUCUCUCUGUCUCGUGCCAAAGAACUGAAGCAUAAUGCUAGUAUUGUCAAGUAUCGGGAGGAAUAUGAUAAGUUUAAAGCACUUUACACUCUACCCAGAAGCAUUGAAGAUGAUCCCAACACAGCAAGAUGCCUUAGAGUUGGCAAGUUUAACAUUGAUCGUCUGUACAAAGAAGUCUACGAAAAGAACAAGGCCAAAAUCCACAUUCUUCCAGACAUGGUAGACAUUGUAGCUGCUAGGGCCACACAGAAAAAAGUCAGUGAAAUUGAUUAUCGCCUACAUCUCCAUGAGUGGACCUGCCUACCAGACCUUCAGAUCAAUGCUCAUGUUCGAAAAGUCACUGACCAGCUCAGUGAAAUUGUGUACAAGGAUGACCUUAACUGGCUGAAAGGCAUUGGCUGCUUUGUUUGGGAUACUCCUGAAAUUCUGCAUGCCAAACAUGCAUAUGAUCUUCGCAGCGAUAUUAAGUACAAAUCUAACGCAGAGAAAAUGAAGAAUGACUACACCAUGAUCACUGACACUCCUUAUUAUGUCCAGAAUGUCAUUAGUGGCAAGAAUCUGAGUGAUGCUGUCUAUCGCCAUGCAUAUGUGCAUAAUAUUAGAGGCAAAAUGACCCCCACCGAUAAAACAGUGGACUUGGUGCGGGCAAAGCAUGCUCAUAAGAUACAGAGUGAAAAUCUAUACCGGGGGGCUGGCUUACAUGCCCUCCCCACUGGAUACAAACUCCCACCAGAUACUCCAGGCUUUAAGCUUGCUAAACAUGUCCAAUACAUAGGCAGCGAUCUUAAAUACAAAGAAGCCUAUGAGCACAUCAAGGCUAAAGGCUACACUCUUGGACCCAAAGCUGUUGGCUUUGAGCAUAUAAAGAAAGUGAAUAAAGUUCUUAACGAGAGGCUGUAUAGGGAGAUAUACCACAAAAAUAAGGACAAGAUUCAUACCACCCCUGACACACCGGAAAUUCGCCAAGUCAAAGCCACACAGGAAGCUAUCAGUGAUCUGAUCUACAAGGCAGAUUUCUUUAAGCUGCGAGGACAUUUGAUUUCCUUGCCAUACACCCCUCAAGUGAUCCAUUGCCGCCACGUUGGAGAUAUCACAAGUGAUAAUAAAUACAAAGAGGAUCUACACUGGUUGAGGGGCCUGGGUUGCUUCCUAUAUGAUACUCCUGAUAUGGUCCGUGCUCGUCACUUGCGGGAGCUUUGGUCUAAUUACGUAUACACCAAUACGGCAAAGAAGAUGCGGGAUAAAUACAGUGUGGUUCUGGACACUCCCGAAUACAGGAAAGUUCAGGAGCUGAAGGCACAUUUGAGUGAAGUGGUUUACAGAGCUGCAGGCAAGAAGCAAAAGACAAAAUUCACGUCGAUCCUUGAUACACCAGAUUUCUUACGAGCCAAGAAAGGACAGAAAAUACAGAGUCAGUACUUGUAUGUAGAGCUAGCCACCAAAGAGAGACCCCAUCACCAUGUUGGUGAUCAGACCCCAGCCUUGAUGCUUGCAAAACACGUGAAGGACAUGGUCAGUGAGAAAAAGUACAAAGUCCAAUAUGAGAAGAUGAAGGACAAGUACACAACUGUCUCUGACACUCCUAUCCUCAUCAGGGCUAAGAAGGCUUACUGGAAUGCUAGUGAUCUGCGCUACAAAGAGACCUUUGAGCAGGCAAAGGGUAAAUAUCACACAGUGAAAGAUGCCUUGGAUAUUGUCUAUCAUCGCAAGGUCACUGAUGACAUCAGCAGUGUGAAAUAUAAGGAAAACUAUAUGAGCCAGUUGGGAAUCUGGAGAUCUAUCCCAGACCGUCCGGAGCACUUGCAUCAUCGUGCAGUCACAGAUGCUAUCAGCGAUUUUAAAUACAAAGAAGACUUAUCAUGGCUCAGGGGCUUUGGUUGUUAUGCCUGGGAUACUCCUGAUCUUGCUCUGGCAGAAAAGAACAAAGUCCUCUACAGCGGGUGUAAGUACAAGGAGUCAUCUGAAAAGACAAAAUCUCAGUUUGAGUAUGUAGCAGACUGUCCAAUUAAUAGGCAUUUUAAACAUGCAACUCAGCUAAUGAAUGAGGUAAGAUACAAAUCUGAGUAUGAGAAGAGGAAAGAUAGUUACAGUUUUGUUGUGGAUGAGCCUAGAAUCCUACUGGCCGAAUGGAGAAAUGAACUGAGCAGUCAAUUCAAAUACAAGAGGCAGUAUGAAAUGCAGAAGGACAAGUUUACUUCAAUUGUGGAUACCCCAGAACAUCUGAGGACUGCAAAAGUCAACAAGCAAAUCAGUGAGAUUAUUUACAAGAUGGAAUUUGAGAAGGCCAAGUCUAAAGGGUACACCACAAUCCAUGACACCCCUCUCUUACUACUUAUGCGCAAGGUCAAAGACAGAAUAAGUGAUCUGAAAUACAAAGAAGUUUAUGAGAAGAAUAAGUCUCAUUGCAACAUUGUACCAGAUGCUCUUCAUAUUAAAGUUGCCAAAGCUGCCUACAAAGUAAACAGCAAUCUGGAUUACAAGAAGAAAUAUGAAGCAACCAAGGCUCAUUGGCAAUGGACUGUUGAUAGACCUGACUUUCUCCAAGCAGCCAAGGCAUCCCUGCAACAGAGUGAUUAUGACUACAAGCUAGACCGAGAGUUCCUUAGGGGAUGCAAACUAUCUGUCACAGAUGACAAAAAUACAGUUUUGGCUUUGAAGAAUGCCAUCCUGUCAAGCGAUGUAAAAUACAAAGAGAAGCAUAACAAGGCUAGGGGAACAUGCCUUGCUGUCCCAGACACACCUCAGAUCCUCCUCUCCAAGUGUGUCAGCUCUCUUGUAUCUGAGAACAAAUACAAAGAGCAAAGUAAGAGGCAGCUUCCACAUGGUUCUUAUACAACCCUGCCUGAGACACAGGACACUGUUCGUGUCAAAGAGGUGACCAAGAAUGUCAGUGAGACAAACUAUAAAAAGAAGUUUGUGAAGGAGAAAGGCAAGUCCAACUAUUCCAUCAUGCUGGAGCCUCCUGAGGUGAAACAUGCCAUGGAAGUUGCUAAGAAACAGAGUAUUGUUCAAUACAAAAAAGAUGCUAAGUCACAGCUCCAUUACACAUCUAUAGCAGAUCGACCAGAUAUUAAGAAAGCAACCCAAGCUGCCAAGUUAAUCAGUGAUAUUCAAUACAAAGCCAAGGCUCGAGGAGAGGCUUGCCUUGGUGUAAGCAUGCUGGGACGUCCAGAUAUGGAACUUGCUAAGGAGGUGUCCAAGCUUACUAGCGAGUUGAAGUAUAAAGCGAAGUUUGACAAGGAGAAGGGUAAGAGGCCGAAGUAUGACUUGAAGGAGGCCAAGAUCUACAAGACCUUGAAAGAUGCUCACAACAUUGCUAGUGAGGUUAAAUAUAAGGCAGAUCUAAAGAAACUUCACAAGCCUGUGACAGACAUGUCAGAAUCGCUGAUAAUGAACCAUGUCCUGGGUACAAGUCAACUCGCCAGUGCUUACCAGUACAAGAAGCAAUAUGAGACGAGUAAGGGUCACUACCAUGUGGUGCCAGAUAACCUUGAACAGCUUCAUCUAAAGGAGGCUACAGAACUACAGAGUCAAGUGAAAUACAAGGAAAAGUAUGAAAAGGAAAAAGGAAAAGCCAUGCUGGACUUUGAAACUCCAACAUAUAUCACUGCUAAGGAAUCUCAGCACAUGCAGAGUGAGAAAGAAUAUAAGAAGGACUAUGAAGAGUCCAUUAAAGGCAGAAACCUUGCUGGCCUGGAGAUUACACCAUCUUUCUUACAUGUCAAAUAUGCAACCAAAAUAGCAAGCGAGAAAGAAUACAGAAGGGAUCUAGAGGAAGGUGUCAGAGGUAAAGGUAUGACACUCUUGGAGGAGACUCCAGACAUGUUAAGAGCAAAGAAUGCAACUCAUAUCCUAAAUGAGAAAGAGUACAAGAAAGCACUGGAGCUUGAAAUCAAAGGAAGAGGUCUGACAGACCUGGCUUUGGAAACACCAGACUAUAUGAGGGCAAAGAAUGCCACUGACAUUGCCAGUCAGAUUAAAUAUAAGCAUUUGGCAGAAAUGGAUAAAGCCAAUUACACCUCUGUUAUCGAUACUCCAGAGAUCAUUCAUGCCCAGCAGGUCAAGAACCUUUCAAGCCAGAAAAAAUAUAAGGAAGAUGCAGGAAGGACCAUGUCACACUACUUGUCUGUUAUAGACACACCCGAUAUGCUGAGAGUCCGUGAGAACCAAAAGAACUUUAGCACUCUUCAGUACCAGUGGGAUGUAAAGAACAGUAAAGGAAAAGUUACAGUGGUACAAGAUACACCAGAAAUACUGCGUGUUAAAGAAAACCAAAAGAAUUUCAGCUCGAUUUUAUAUAAAGAAGAUAUUGGAACAGGAACAGCUAUUGAAAAGACACCUGAGAUGCAGAGAAUUAAACGAACCCAGGACGCGAUUAGCACGAUUAAAUAUAAGGAAAGUAUUGGAAAAGGAAUUCCAAUUUCUGAUCUUCCCGAAGUGAAACGUGUGAAGGAGGCACAGAAGCACAUCAGCUCGGUGUUGUACAAAGAGAACCUGGGGACAGGAAUUCCAACACCUGUCACACCAGAGAUUGAGAGAGUCAAACGCAAUCAAGAAAACUUUAGCUCGGUGUUGUACAAAGAGAAUCUGGGGACAGGAACCCCGACACCUGUCACUCCAGAGAUGGAGAGAGUCAAACGCAAUCAAGAAAACUUUAGCUCGGUGUUGUACAAAGAGAACUUGGGGACUGGAACCCCCUUACCUGUCACUCCAGAGAUUGAGAGGGUCAAACGCAAUCAAGAAAACUUUAGCUCGGUGUUGUACAAAGAAAAUGUAGGGAAAGCUACCCCAACACCAGUCACUCCAGAGAUGGAGAGAGUCAAACGCAAUCAAGAACACAUUAGCUCGGUAUUAUACAAAGAAAACUUGGGGCGAGCAACCCCAACACCUGUUACUCCAGAGAUGGAGAGAGUCAAACGCAAUCAAGAAAACAUUAGCUCGGUGUUGUACAAAGAGCACAUGGGAAAAGGAACUCCGACACCUAUCACUCCAGAGAUGGAGAGAGCUAAACGCAAUCAAGAAAACAUUAGCUCGGUCCUCUAUUCAGAUAGUUUCCGGAAACAAGUGCAAGGCAAAGCAGCCUAUGUAUUGGAUACCCCCGAAAUGAGGCGCGUACGAGAGACCCAGCGACACAUCUCUACAGUGAAAUACCAUGAAGAUUUUGAAAAACACAAAGGCAGCUUCACACCUGUGGUUACUGACCCCAUUACAGAGCGUGUGAAAAAGAACAUGCAGGACUUCAGUGAUAUUCACUACAGGGGCAUUCAAAGAAAGGUUGUAGAAAUGGAGCGAAAACGAGUGGACCAGGAUCAAGAGACAAUCACAGGUCUUCGUGUGUGGCGUACUAAUCCUGGAUCAGUCUUUGACUAUGACCCAGCAGAAGACAACAUUCAGUCUAGAAGCUUGCACUUGAUUUCUGUCCAAGCCCAGCGCCGCAGCCGGGAGCAAUCCCGCUCUGCCAGUGCAUUAAGCCUCAGCGCUGGGGAUGAGAAAUCUGAGCAUUCAGAAGGCGCUGAUCACCACCUGUCUUAUUACAGCAAUGGAGGCCUCUUCACCACAACUACAACAGUGGCUUACAAACAAGCUAAAACUAUAGAACUGCCACAACAAAGAUCUUCUUCUGUUGCCACCCAGCUGACAACAGUGUCUUCCGUUCCCUCUCACCCAUCUACCACAGGUAAGACCUACCGUGCCAUGUAUGACUAUAUGGCAGCUGAUGCUGAUGAAGUUUCCUUCAAAGAUGGAGAUGCAAUUGUAAAUGUCCAGGCUAUUGAUGAAGGCUGGAUGUAUGGGACUGUACAGAGGACUGGCAAGACUGGCAUGCUUCCAGCCAACUACGUAGAAGCUGUCUAAAUGAAAAUUAGGUCUUCCAUAAAGCAUAUUUACAUGGUCAAAACACAUAGGCACUUUGGGUUUUUUUUAAAACCCCAAAUCAGACUGGCCACUAUAAAUUAAACCCCUUUCUAAAGUGCUUAUUGUUUUCCCCAAGUGAUGGUGUCUUACAUAUUGUCAUUCUAAAAAAAAUGUUUUAAAAAACACCAUUUACAAUUCAUUUCUGAUGAGAAUGUUUGCUAACACACUAGAAAUCCCUAGAGCAGUGUGUUCUUCCAAACUAUCUUUUUAGGACUGGAUUUGUUCAUAAAAACCUAUUACAAUGCCAUCUUCCCUGAGUUAUUUUUAUGCAAGCAAAAUUUUGACAAAGGGUUCUGAGUACCUUUUGGUUUGGAAUCCAGUUGAAUUUCACACUAUUCAAAUAUAAUUUUAAAAAGUCUGCAACUUUGUUGGUUUUAUUGGUUUUCCUAUCAUGCACCCUAGGAUUUUUCUAUGCUGUUCUAAAAAUGUUUGAAUAUAUUUCUUGUUCCCAAUAAGCAACAUGUAAACUUAACAUCUCAAACCAGCCAAACGUAAACCUGGAAAAAGCCUCUCCUCUCUUCUGCUUGCUGAGCACUGAUGCAUGUUUUUUUCAUCCGAUUGUGGUGGUGUCAGUAGUCACUAAUUUACAAGGAAACAGCUUUCUAAGUUCACAUGUCUGCAGUAUGAUUGAUGCAUUAACUUUGGGUCAAGAGCAGUGAAACAAUCUGCAUAUUAAACAAUCUU